ACGAGACGGCGACGCAGUCGAGCGCGAGGGAGCGCGCGAGCCGGAGGAGAGGAGGAGGAGGCGGCGGCGACGGCGGCAGCAGCAGCAGCAGCAGCAGCAGCAGCGGUGACGGCGGAGGAAGAUCAUCUUCCCCCACCCCUCCCCAGCCCAGCGGCGACCUCAACCGCUCCAGCUUCCAAUGAAUCAGAAUGUCAAAAGUGAGACGGAAGGUUACAGUUGAAAAUUCAAAGACCAUUUCUGAGAGCACGUCUCGUAGACCCAGUGUGUUUGAAAGGCUUGGGCCUAGCACAGGGCCAAGUGCUGAGACGCAAUGUCGUAAUUGGAUGAAAACUGGUCAUUGUCCAUAUGGGAACACAUGUAGGUUUACUCAUGGAUCCUCCCCUAGAGGUAAAGGAUACAGUGCCACAUACAGAAGAUCUCCAGAAAGGCCAACUGGUGAUUUACGAGAGAGAAUGAAGAAUAAAAGGCAAGAUGUAGAAUCCGAGCCACAGAAGAGAGCCCAGGAUGAAUCCUCAUCUCCAACGAGGAGGGAUGCUUCAAGAAGCAGACGCAGAGAAAAAGAUGAUGCUAAUCUGAAAAUUACAAAGGAACGCACCCCAGAAAGUGAAGAAGAAUCAGCUGAGUGGGAAACAGGCAGGGAUGAUUCUGAUAAUGGGGAUGUUAACUAUGAUUAUGAUCAUGAGCUGUCCCUUGAAAUGAAGCGGCAGAAAAUACAACGAGAACUGAUGAAACUUGAACAAGAGAAUAUGGAAAAAAGAGAGGAAAUAGUCAUCAAGAAGGAGAUAUCUCCAGAACCCGUGAGAAAUAAACACUCCCCAUCUCCAAGAAAUGCAAGCAAAUCGCCUAAACAUAAAGCUAGCCCGAAGUUACCUUCUGGUAAGAAGGAGAAAAAAGGAUCAAGAUUGUCAUCUCCUGUAGGCGACCAACAAAGAAAAUCUUCAAAAGUACAGCAGGGUAAAAAGAAAGGACCUCGUACUCCAAGCCCGCCACCCCCUAUUCAUGAAGAGAUUCUAUCAACAAAAAAGCAUAAAGAAAAGCCAAGGGCAAAAGACAGAACUGAAGAAAAAGUCCGAGAGAGUAGAGAAAGAGGAAGGGAUAUAGAAAGGCAUAAAGAGAAAAAAGAAAAACACAGGGAUCACACUGAUAGCCUUCGUAGACAGAAGAGGUCUAUAAGUCCUGAAGAACAAUCUGGCAGCACCUCUUCUCGUUCCAGAGAAUAUUCCCCACCAGCAGCAAGGAGAAAAUCAGCCUCUCCAGCUCCACCUAAGUCAACUUCUUCUUCCUCUUCUCGAAAGCAUUCCUUCUCUCCACGUCACAGCAGAUCACCUUCUUCUCAGAGACAACAUCAAACUCCCACAGUGUCUAGACAACACUCUCCAUCAUCUCGGUCAGGUUCACCCGCAACAAGAAGAUCAUCAUCUCCCCGCCACAAACGUUCCACUUCACCGUCCUAUCAACGUGCAGCAUCUCUGGCUCGAAAACGAUCCCCUUCACCAUAUGCUCCACGUUCUUCAUCUCCACAGAGAAAGCAAAGUCCCAUAAGGCAUAGGUCUUCUGGAAGAGAAAAAGGCAAACAUGAGCAAGAAAAGUCGCCAUUACAAGAGCGACAUCAUGAGAAGAGAGAAGGAAGCAGAGGAAAACGAGACAAGGAGAGCAAGGAUAGUCGAGACCGGCGUGACUAUGAAUUGGAUCAGAAUUUACUCCAAGAAAGGGACGGGCGUAUAACCAGGGAAACCCGUGAUAACAGAAGCAAUCGAGAUCAUAAAGAAGUAAAAGACAGCACUGAGCGCAGAGAGACCAGGGAAUCUCGUGAGGUUCGUGAUACAAGAGACACUCGAGAUUACAAGGAGAGCAAAGACUCUCGGGAUGUGAGAGAGUCACGUCCUGGCCGUGAUACACAUGACUAUCGAGAUAGCAGAGAUUCCCAUCGGAAAGAUGAACAGCAUCAUGAGGACCGCAGUUACAGCAGAAGCCAUGGCAGGGAUGAAAGUUCCCGGACUGACAUCAAGAAUGAUCGUCAGAGUGAAGCCAGGAUUGAUGGCAGGAAUGAGUCCAGGGGAGACGGCCGCGGCGAGACCAGGGGAGACAGAGGAGACGGUCGGGGCGAGAUCAGGGGAGAUGGCAGGAGCGAGACUAGGGGGGACACCCGGGGUGAGACCAGGGGGGACAGAGGAGAUGGUCGGGGCGAGACCAAGGGAGACAGCCGCAGUGAGUCCAGGGGAGACGGCAGGAGUGAGACCAGGGGGGACACCCGGGCUGAGACCAGGGGAGACAGAGGAGACGGCCGGGGUGAGUCCAGGGGAGACGGCCGGGGUGAGUCCAGGGGAGACGGCCGGGGUGAGUCCAGGGGAGACGGCCGGGGGGAGACCAGGGGAGACGGCCGGGGGGAGACCAGAGGAGACACCAGGAGCGAGACCAGGGGAGACGGCAGGAGCGAGACCAGAGAUGGCCGGGGCGAGGCCAGGGGAGACACCAGGAGCGAUUCCAGAGGAGAAGGCCGGAGUGAGACCAGGAGUGAAAGGGCAGCCAGAGGAAGAGGGAGAGGACCAGAAUCAACUGAAAAAGGGAGCCGUGGAACAACUAGAGGCGCCCAAUUUGACUCACAUGGCACAAGCAGUAAUUACCAUGAAAACUGGGAUACAAGAGGUGGAUACACAGAAAGAGAUCGAUAUGAUAGAGACCAAAGCAGAGAUGCUUCCUUUGACAGGCGUGGCCAUACGGAAAGGGAAAGGCGUGAAAACAGAGAUCGGGAGAGAGACCACACAGCUGGUACUGUUACACGACAUCCAGGGAGGACUGAUGAUCACGACCAUGAGGAAAGAAAAGAUGAUCGGCGAUCCGAUCGCGAAGACAGGCGUGAUGAUAGACUAAGGGAAAGAGACCGCGAAAGGGAACGUGACAAAGAUCGUGAUAGAGAUAGAGAACGAGAAAGGGAAAGAGAAUUGGAUCGAGAGAGGGAGCGUGAAAGAGUCCGUGAACGAGAUCGAGAAAAAGAACGAGAGAGGGGCAAAGAGAGAGAACGGGAAAGAGAUAGAGAGAGAGACAGAGAGAGAGAACGGGACAGGGAAAAGGAAAGGGAGAGGGUUAAAGAGAGAGACAGGGAGAGAGAGAAGCAAAAAGACUGGGAUGAGAAGGAUAAAGCAAGGGAUGAACGUAAAGAUAAAAAGGAUGAUCAACGAGAGGAACGGGAUUUGAGAGAAAGUCAUGGACAAAGAAAAACAAGAAAACGACCUCGGACAGAAAGCAGCCUGAGCCCAUUGGCAAAGCGAGCCCGUGACGAAUCUCCUGAUAGUGAUACCUACAACAGUAGUGAAGAGAAAAGUGAAAAGCACCGGUUGUUAAGUCAAGUUGUGCGUCCACAAGAUUGUCGGUCGCUCAGUCCGCCACGUGUUAUUGAAGACAGAACAAGCAGCUGGAAAGAUGAUGACAGGAAGUCAGAUAAAAAGGAAAGCACAAGGAGGCGUGACGACCAUACCAUGAGAGAAAGAAUAGCUUCAGGGGACAAGCAAAGAGAGCACAUAGCAGAGAGCAUUGAGAGUUCGCGAAGCAGAGAACCUGACAGCACUGCGCACCAUAUUGGUGAUGAUAGAGAAGGACUUGUAGGAUUACAUGAACAUAGCAAGAAAAAGAGCAAAGGACAGCGAAAGUCUCAGAAGAAGAACAAAAGAGAUGAUGAUUGUGGAACCAAAAAAUACAUUGCAGAGCCCUUAGUAGAGGAAACAGUUUUGUCACCCAGGAAAACUUCAAAGAAAAAAAAUGUUGAUAAAAAACGCAAACGCUCUAAAGGAGAUUCAGAUGCUUCUGAUGAGGAAGUAGUCCCACAGACCAAAAAGUGGAAGGGUCCCAGGACUCCACCUGUAACAGUAAAGGAAGAAUCUGUUGAAGAAGUAUCUGAGAAGAGUGCUGAAGGAAAUGCCCAGGGAGGCGGAGAUGUAGUUUUCAGUGACUGGUCAGAUGGAGAUGUGCCAGAUCGUGAAGAAAGUAUAAUUUCUGACAAGAGCCUUGAAGAGUCUCGAAGGAAAGGUCAAAGAACUGAGGUGGAAAAGUUAGAAGCUCCUACCAUGGCAGAUAACCGUUCAUGUAAAACUGAUGAGCACAAACGGAGCAGCAGCCUUGGCAGCAAUCGCAGCCGGACUUCAAGCCGUUUACGAUCACCAUCGAACGAAUCUACUCAUCGUAGUGGAGAUGAUCAGGGCGGUGGGAGGAGACUACAGCAUGGAACUUCAAGAGAUGGGCAGAAGUACAGAAAUAUCGAGUCUUGUGAACGUAAAUCCCGAAUAGAUCAACUCAAGCGUGGAGAGCCCAGCCGCAGCACCUCCUCAGAUCGACAAGAUUCAAGGAGCCACAGUUCCAGACGAAGCUCGCCUGAAUCAGAUCGACAAGGCCGUUCUAGGACUGGGUCCUUUGAGAGCAGAGAAAAGCUUCAGGAUAGUGAACGGGACCGUGAUCGAGAAAGGCGAGAGAGAAGAGAAUGGGAGCGGGAUGGAGAACAUCGGGACUGGAGUAAAAGCAGGGACAGAAAUAGAGACCGACGAAGAGAGGUCAUAAAGGAGAAAGAGAAACCAUCAGCAGAAGUGCCUGAUAAAGACAAAGAACGAUCUCUGGAAGCUGCUUCCAUGCUGGAACAAACCCGAAUAGAACUAAGACCAGGAAGAGAAACUGAGAAGCAACUUGAGCAAACUGAAACUACAGCUGCAGUAACCUGUGAAAGAGAUGUAAAGGAGCUAGUGAAGGAAUCAGAGAAUGAAGAGGUCCAUGCUGAUGAGCCUGUUGACAGCAUUGAAGCAGGUGAGCAAGAUGGGAAAGUAGAUGAUGCGCAGUCAUCCAUGUCAGGAGCUUGUGAAGAAUAUGAACCAAUUAGUGAUGAUGAGCUGGAUGAAAUUUUGGCUGAUGAUGCAGGAAAAAGAGAGGAAAGCCAGGAUGAAGAGAAAAUAUCAGAUCCCAUGGAUGUGAUUGAUGUCGAUUGGUCAAGUCUGUUGCCCAAGCAGCCCAAAGAGCCAAAGGAGCCCGGAGCUGCUCUGUUAAAAUUCACUCCUGGUGCAAUCCUGCUACGAGCUGGAAUAUCCAAGCGCUUGGCUGGUGCAGAAUUGUUUGCAAAGGUCAAUGAAACUUGUCGGGCAGCUAUCAACAACACUAAAGAUGGGGACAACAUUUUUGAAGAUGAACUUGGAGCCCUCAACAUGGCUGCUAUUCAGAGAAAGGAAGAAAGAGCCCAUCUGCUGAGCAAUUUGGGACCCUGCUGUAAAGCACUUUGUUCUCGGAGGGAUCUUGCCAUCCGUAAACAGUUAGUAAGAAAUGAGAAAGGUGCAACCAAGCACAUGUAUACAAAUCAACCAGUUGUGGACAACGAUCUUCUAAGAUCAAGCCUUCGAUUAUUCAAACGCAAAGCAUUAUGCCAUGGUCCCAUACAGGAAAAAAGUGAUGACAGUAAGAUUUCGCGACCUAAAGUUAAACAGGAAGUUUGUGUUUCAUAAAUUUUUGGCAGCAUCAUGGAUUAAUUUUGACUUUGAUAUUGGAGAAUCUGUAUAUAAAGAAUUGGAUCCUACACCUGACUAUUUGGAAGGAUGUCACUUGCUUAUUUACAAAGCUAACAUUGGACCUGGCAUGGUCAAACUUAAUUUUCCAGUUUCAAGACCAUUUGUUUUAGAAUUCAAAUACUGUUCUAUGUACUGGACAAGUGAAUGUUUCAUUUUUGCAGUACAGAUUUGAAAUCUUUAAUAAAACCCUCACAGCUUUGUUUUAAAGUGUCUUUUUAUUGUUUAUAUGUAAAAGGAUUGGAAUUGUAGGUGAUUGCAGUUUAAUGGCACUGAUUUUGCUGUCAUCGUACUCGGCAAAAUGACUUUCAGUCUGACACCAACUGGGAUCUGGCAUCCAGAAACUGUGAAGUUAUCAAGCGAACUGAUCAGACAUUCAAACUGAAGACUGAAAAGCAGGGAGUAGAAAGCACGAUUAGCAAUUCUCAAUUUUAUAAUAAGUGAAAUAACGAAUGGAACAUGCAGAAUCAUUCUGAAGUAUCAUCAGCAAACUUUAAAAAAAAAGUUUAUGUUUAUUUUUUUAUAAAUCUAUGGAAUGGAGCAAUGGCAUUCUGCACGUAAAAUUAGUUUCUCCCGGGCAUCCAGAUUGUCCUGUAAUUGUGACUUGUUAUAUUGCUAAAAAAUUGGUUGCACUUCAUUCAAGAAGACUCAGCAUUUUUAUUGUUUUUUUAAACAAUGAGAACAGUUUAUAAAUUGAAGAUGAUAAGAAUGUAUUGAUUGUGCUAUGUGCCCUAGCAAAGAUUUUAACAGUGGAUCUUGUGGAGGAGCAGGGUAUCAUUGACAGAGACUUCCUCAUUUAAUUGUGUAUGUACAGAUGCUGGAAGUUGAUGUCAGUUUUACAUAAUAACAAUGGCAAGUUCUCCAUCAUUACAAUCAUAAAUUCCAGACCAGUAAAAUUGUUGUUUUUCAGCAUCAUAGUUAUAGCAACAUUUAAAAGGUGAGUGUUUUGUGCUAAAUACAGUGUCACAAUGGAAUACUUUUCAUCCAUGGUUUGUAACUUUGAAAGAAGGAAACCUCAUUAAGUAGUAGUAAGUACUACACAGAUUUCUUGAUGAUAGAGCAUUUUAGCUUGCCUAUAUUAAAUGGUUAACAGACAUAGUAAUGCAAAGAGCAGGGAUUUCCUUUAAUCUAAACAAAAUGUGUAACCAUUGAGAAAAUCUGGUCAGAUUCUAUGGAUGGGAAGUUGUGAGCAGAUGAAUUUCCACAGACUAAAUGCAGUGUUCCUGUUAUCAGUGUGUGAACUUUGUUGGUAUCCACAAUUGCAUAAAUGUAUUUAUUUGAAAAUGUCCAUAUGUUAAUAUUAAAACUAUUGAAUUAUAGAAUGAUGCAGCACAGGCACCAUCUGUAAAUCUAACUUGAAAUUAACAGGUUUUGCAAGUUUGUGAAACUAAUUUGCAGUUUUUGGUAACUGGUUACACAAAAGCUCACUUGAAGGAAUCAACUUGAACCACAUUCAAGAAAAGGCGAAAUCUUUUGAAUUCAUCUCCCCAAUAGCAGACAAACUUGCCUUACUAAACCUAUAUUUUGUCAGAAUCAAAUUUUGCAGGAUAUCUGGCUUAAAGUGGACAUUUUUAUAUGUUCUGUUUGUAUAUUGCACUGUUUGCUUUUUAUAAUGAAUUUUUUAUACGUUAUGUCCCUAUUGAAUUUAAAAUAAAUAUGUUAGUUGUUUUAGUCUGUCAAAAUGGUCUUAGU